AUUGUAGAAUCACGCUCAAAGUUUAUUUAUAUUUCACAACAUUUGAGUGAGCCUAGCGUUCUUUACGUAAAUAAUAAAAUAGUCGCGUAAUUCACGUUUGAGUUCAACAAUUUACGUAAAUCGGACUCCAACAGUAAAAGUGCACAUAUUUUAGGAUACUUUACUCACCGAAGAUCUGCCAACAGAUGAAUAGUUUGGCGUAAUAAUAAAAGCUUGUGGGAAGUGUAGUGUAUGAGUGCGCGGUGGUGGGAGCAGACGCGGAUCCGCGACGGACUCAAGGGCGGAGCAGCCUCCGGCUACAUUCCGCCGCCCGCCCUCCGCCCCGCGCCCGCCCCGCUGUAAACAAUGCCCGCCGGCGACGGGGAACAUCUGCCGUGAGGCUCACUAGCGCAGCGGCCGGCGCGGCUCCCCGACGCACCAUGUGGCCUCUGCUGGCGUGCGCGCUGAUGCAGCUACUCGCGGGUCAAACAACCAGCGUCAUCGCUACAAAAAAUACGCCGGUUUUUCCCAAAUGCUGCCCCGAUGGACAAGGUUUAGUGCGGGAAUCCGAUGAGUUUCUGAAUAAAAGCUAUACGUGUGUUGAACAUGAACAUGUUGAAAGUAAUUAUAGUGUUGUGGUGCCACCCUUAGUGAUAGGGAGAAGUAUCCCCGUUCGGUACGGGUUCCCUGAAAAUUGUGAUGACUUUGUGGUAACGGAAGUGACGGGUGAUAUCCUGCAGAGCGACAGCGACUGCUACGACAGACUGGCGCUGGAUAUUAUGAAUGGAACCCUCAAAAGCAGUGGCACUUCACCACCAGUGGUGAUGUUGACCUGUGCAGAGAGGACGGGCGUUUCGGGCGCGUACCCAAUCCAUCACAUACGAAAGUGUUGUCCCAAUGGGCAGGAGUACGACACGGAGUACCACAUGUGUCGGGACACAGGCGACGUGGACGGCGAGCAGCGGCUGGUACAGCGGUUCGACCCGAGAGGGGUAAAUGUGUACGCGAUAGAGCAUGGGUUGAUCUGCAAGAGUGAGGAGUACGCGGUGGAGGUGCAAGAAGGAGGGUUCUCGCUGGUGGUGGAGGGCAGCACGCUGCACGUGGGCAGCGGGGGCGCGGCGCCGGCGCUGCGGCGCGGGGAGUGGUGCGGGGAGGCGCGGGGCGGGCGGCUGCUGGCGCGGGUGUGCACCAGAGACUGCCGGCUGUACGACGCCUUCUGCAUGAGGAAGUGCUGCCCGGUGGGCUACCACUACCUGCCGCGCCACUGCGCCACAAACAUCAGCGACUGUGUGCCGAAUGAGGAUGACACUACGCCGUUUAAUUUGUCAUCUUAUUUGGAUCCGUUGACCAGAGACUCGCGCUUUAAUAAGGAUGCGAUGGGGUUCCGUUCAUCCCUCCGCUGCGCUAAAGGCAAGUUCAUGCUGGACCGCACGUUCGACUGGUACCAGCUGGCGUCCUCGGGACAGCUGCUGACGACCGCAGCCCUCGGGGGGCCCCUGGACCAGUACUGCAUCGAGACCUUCGACCGGCGGCCCUGUGGACACGGCAUCACCGUCGACCCACUCAUUUGUUUCGUCGACUCCACCAAAAAGGACUUCAAUGCCUCUUCUAUUGCCCUGAGCAUAUCCUGCGUGUUCCUCCUGCUCACGCUGGUGGUGUACCUGGCGCUGCCGGAGCUGCGCAACCUGCACGGCCGCACGCUCAUCUGCCACGUGUCCAUGAUGCUGCUCGCCUACUGCUGCCUCGUCAGCGUGCAGCGCGCCCGGAUCGAGAACACUGUCGUUUGCACUAUGCUGGGAUACGGCAUGUACUUCGGCUUCGUGUCCGCCUUCGCGUGGCUGAACGUCAUGUGCCUCGACAUCUGGUGGACAUUUGGGAGCGUGCGCAGCGUGCAGCCCAUGCGGCGCGCGGGGGCGGAGCGGCGGCGCUUCGCGUGGUACUCGCUGGCCGCGUGGGGCGCCUCCGUGUCCCUCACCGGCGCCAUGCUGCUGCUCGACCUGUACCCUGUGGCCGACGUGCUGGAUGCUAAUAUUGGGAAUAACUCCUGCUGGUUCGGCUCCUUACAAAACUCCUCCACCGACUGGCCGCACUACAUCUUCUUCGUGAUCCCCAUGGGGCUGGUGUCGUGCGUGAACUUCGUGCUGUGGGUGCUGACGGCGCGCCACUGCCACCGGGUGAAGGCCGAGGUGCACCGCUUCCAGGCCGGCUCUGCGGGUGACAGGGCCAAGUUCCGCUUCAGGGCUGAUCAUGCACGCUACACACUGACAGUAAAGCUGUGGGUGGUGAUGGGCGCGACCUGGGUCUGGGAGACGGUGUCCACGAUGCUGUCGGAGCCGCGCUGGCUGUGGGGCGCCGUGGACCUGGUCAACGAGCUGCAGGGCGUCUCCAUCUUCAUCAUACUGGUCAUGAAGCCGAAGCUCUACUACCUUAUUAGGAAGAAACUCGGUUGCACUCGGAUUCAGAAAGAAACAAGGUUGGAGAAGCCAGAUGCCAACAAGAACGGGACUUCCUCGACGGCUCGCACGUCCUCAACCUUCCUCUCCAGAACCAUCAGCACUGAGGAACGAGCGCUGCAGAGGGUGUCUCAACCUGUUGCAUCUAAAAAUAAAGACUAGUUUAUACAUUG